AUGUCCAGCGUGAUGUUUUUCCAUAACAAAGUGAAAACCGGCAGGGGAUGGUGCCAGGGGGGGGCGGGGGGGGCAGAUAUUCUAUGUGCUGUGUGUCUUAAAACAACCAAGCUGCACUUCAUAAACAUUCCGACGUGUGCAUGUAUUACCAAACCUUCCUCCGACCUCUCCAGCUCCUGCUCUCAGCUCUCCUCUGUCCACACCGCUCCAGACUGCGCUCAGCUCAGCUCUCCUCUGUCCACACCACUGCGCUCGGCUCUGCUCUCCUCUGUCCACACCACUCCAGACUGCGCUUGGCUCUGCUCUGCUCUGUCCACACCGCUCCAGACUGCGCUCAGCUCAGCUCUCCUCUGUCCACACCGCUCCAGACUGCGCUCGGCUCAGCUCUCCUCUGUCCACACCACUCCAGACUGCGCUCAGCUCAGCUCUCCUCUGUCCAAACCGCUCCAGACUGCGCUCGGCUCAGCUCUCCUCUGUCCACACCACUCCAGACUGCGCUCGGCUCAGCUCUCCUCUGUCCACACCACUCCAGACUGCGCUCAGCUCAGCUCUCCUCUGUCCACACCACUCCAGACUGCGCUCAGCUCUGCUCUCCUCUGUCCACACCACUCCAGACUGCGCUCAGCUCUGCUCUCCUCUGUCCACACCGCUCCAGACUGCGCUCAGCUCUGCUCUCCUCUGUCCACACCGCUCCAGACUGCGCUCAGCUCUGCUCUCCUCUGUCCACACCACUCCAGACUGCGCUCGGCUCAGCUCUCCUCUGUCCAAACCACUCCAGACUGUGCUCAGCUCUGCUCUCCUCUGUCCACACCGCUCCAGACUGCGCUCAGCUCUGCUCUCCUCUGUCCACACCACUCCAGACUGCGCUCGGCUCAGCUCUCCUCUGUCCAAACCACUCCAGACUGUGCUCGGCUCAGCUCUCCUCUGUCCACACCGCUCCAGACUGCGCUCAGCUCAGCUCUCCUCUGUCCACACCGCUCCAGACUGCGCUCCAGACUGCGCUCGGCUCAGCUCUCCUCUGUCCACACCGCUCCAGACUGCGCUCAGCUCUGCUCUCCUCUGUCCACACCGCUCCAGACUGCGCUCAGCUCUGCUCUCCUCUGUCCACACCGCUCCAGACUGCGCUCGGCUCAGCUCUCCUCUGUCCACACCGCUCCAGACUGCGCUCGGCUCAGCUCUCCCCGAGCGAGCUCGGAUUACCGUUUCUUUCUCGAAGGCCCCGACUGGCGGACGCUGGUUUUUUUUUGAGGCGGGAACAAAAAAAAACAAAACAAAACAAAACAAAAAAAAAAAA